AUGCCAGGAGCUUCGAGACGAGUUCGACGAUUAGAAAAGGACGCACUUUUACGUUCUAAAAAUACUGAAUAUACACGUGAACAAUCUGAUAAUUAUAUAUCAAGUUUACAAUUAAAUUAUGAUGAUGAUGAAACUGAACGUCAUCGACGACAUGUAUCAACACGACCCAUACGUCAAAUUCAACGAGAAGCUGAUUAUCCUGUUGAAUCAUUAGAGAAAAUAACUGAACGAAUUCAACAAGAAAUCAAAAGAAGACAUAUGUCAGUACCAGCAACUGGAAAUCAUUUUCAAUCAUCAUCGACACCGGAUCGAACAACUCGUGACAGUGAAGCUACAGGAAAAUAUUCAAGCAAUAAACAUACUAGCAAUACCAAACUUCAUUAA